GUUACAAACACGCUACCGAUUUGGGAGAGUAUCUAUAGCUUACCUUUGUAAUAUUUUGCAAGGUGAUUUGCAGCGUCCGACAAACAUGGGUAUAGACAAGAGUACUGUGUCUAGGAUCGUGCGUGAUGUGAUCGAUUCCCUGGUGGCAAGACGUAACAUUUACAUUUCAUGGCCGACUAACAAUCGACACAUUCGCCAAAUUGAAGAUGGCUUCUUCGUGACUGGAGGUUUUCCCAAAGUAAUUGGAUGCGUAGAUGGGACACAUAUUCGUAUACAAGCACCUUCCCGAGAUGAACCUGCAUAUGUAAACAGGAAAGGAUAUCACAGCAUAAACGCGCAGGCUGUGUGCGAUCACGAAGGAAAAUUCACAAACAUUUGUGCCAAAUGGCCCGGGGCUGCUCACGACAGUCACAUCUUCAGAACCUCGUCACUCUGCGCACUCAUGGAGAGGACCCACGCGUCUAUCUCUGAUGGCUUCAUUUUGGGAGACAAUGGCUACCCCUGCAGACCAUUCCUGCUGACCCCCUACCUCAACCCACAAGGACGACAACAACAUCGUUACAACGACUCUCUGUGUGCUACAAGGGUCACUAUUGAGAGAACGUUUGGUCGGUGGAAGAGACGGUUUCAUGUUUUCCACUCUGAGGUGAGGAUGACCCCCAGUCGUGUGUGCCGUAUUGCCGUUGCCUGUGCUGUUUUGCACAACAUUGCCAUCUCCAUGGGUGAACCUCAGAAUGAGAGGGACAACAGGGAGGUAUUAAUGGAACCCCCCCAUUGAUGCCUACG